UGUUGAUUCAAAUUAACAAUUACCAUCCGAGCGUAACGCCGUUGCUGUUGUUCAUAAAAUUAUCACCAUCAAAAGUCUCUAAUGAAAGAUAGUUGCCAGCACACUUUCAACCGAUAAUGUCGUAUCUAAACGAACGGUCGGUAAUUCUCGAAAAUUGGAUGUUUAUAGCUCCAGUAGUACUGCUGAUUGCGACUUACAUCUAUGUGAAAGAAAAUCGAAAAGGCAGCGAACAGAAAAACGCUACCCCAUCCAACGACAAUGUAAGUUCUCUGGCCGAAUCCGAAUACAUUGGCGAGUAUCAAGAGGAGAAUGCCGUUAAUUAUGAAGAGUAUGCGCCGUUCCUGAAAGAAGACGAGCACAUACCAUUUCCUGGGGCAAAGGUUACAUUAGACGGUGGUGCGGCUAGAUUUUAUGAAAUUGCUAAUGAUCGUCGUAGUGUCCGCAAGUACAGUACGAGAAAAGUUGAUAUUUCUGUCAUCGAAAAGUGUAUCCAUGCAGCAGGUACCGGUCCGAGUGGUGCGCAUACAGAACCAUGGACGUUUUGCGUAGUCCAGGAUCAGACAUUGAAACAGCAAAUUCGCAACAUUAUUGAAGAAGAAGAAUUGGAAAAUUAUACGAAACGGAUGUCACGAAAAUGGACAACCGAUUUGAGGCCACUGAAGACGAAUCAUGUCAAAGAAUAUCUAACCGAUGCACCGUAUCUAAUCUUAGUGUUCAAGAAAGUGUACGGCGUUCGAACGGAUGGUCAAAAGCAGCAACACUACUACAAUGAAAUUUCCAUCUCGAUUGCUACUGGUAUCCUUCUAUCUGCCUUACAGUGUGCUGGCUUAAAUUCACUAAUUUCGACCCCGCUGAACAGUGGGCCAGCACUUCGUCAACUACUUAACCGACCAUCGAACGAGAAGUUAUUGGUUCUAUUACCAGUUGGAUACGCAGCUGAUGACUGUAAAGUGCCGAAUUUGAAACGUAAACCACUUGAGGAGAUUUUAGUAAAAUAUUAACCUUCUCGUGAACGGAUAGUAGUCAAUCUGUUGUCAACGACGAUGACAAAAAAGUGAUGAAAACAGUAAAUGUUUAAACAAAUGAAGUAAAAGAUUUUCCAUCAAACAAUUGACAAUGCUUAAAAGAAAGGUAGAGACAAGUUUAAUCGCGUCCACUUACCAUCCCCAACGUUUCAAUAAAGCGCAGUGACAAAUUCUCAGAUUAAAA